AUGAAGGACAUGCCGCGAACCGAAGCCGGCUCGCAACCCCUGGAGGUGUUUCGACAGCUCGGCACACGCGAGGAAAGUCUCUCAGCGUGGGAGGAGAGGGACGAGGUGAAGUAUGUGCAGGAAAUGCACCCCAAGGUGGACUUCAAGAAGACGGUAAUGGAACCCAUCGGCAGGUUCACAUUCGAUCUCCAGGAGCAAGUCGACGACGAGAAUCAGCGGAGGAUCCAUGAUCUCCUGUCUCAAGUCAUGUCAACUUCGAAUGAUGUCCCGGAAGGUGUUCAAGGCCAAUUUGACAACAUCUUCCUCCAGAAUGACCCAGAGGUUUUGGUGGCCAAGCUGCAGGGCAUGAGUAAGUUACGAGGCGAGAUCAAUAGCGAGAUGCAAAAGGAGCGGCGAGAUUCGCGACAGGUCGAGAAGGAGUGGCACUAG